UAUAUCAUUGCAGAACGUCCUUCCCAAGUUUCGAUGUUAUUGUAUUACCUUACAGCAGAAAGCUUGCACAUCCGCGACUACGAAAAGCAUUUUUGUUGAUCCCGAUGUGAUCAGCUUGUUAGUUUUGCCCUUUUUUAUUACAGCUUGUGUUUUGUGCACUCUAUAUAAGGUCGUUGAAGGGACAUGUUGAGUGGUCAUAUGAUUCAAUUGAACGAGCAUUGGGUGAAUUUUCUAUCCCACGUGCUCGGAAAUUGCAAAAACUGGACAGUAGAUAUCAUAGGCGCGGCGAAUAUUAGCUGGGAAACAGACUACGGGAAAUAUGCCAUUCUCCGGAAGCUUGCUAUUCACACGAAAACAGCUGAUCCUAAGCUCAUCGAAGUUCGGAAAUAUGAUCUCCUUUCGAGAACACUGCGUGAUCGUGCUGUUGAUUGCCACCAACGGAAGCUGUACUUGCAAGCUUUGGAAUUCAUAAACCGAAGCAUCGUUUCUGCCGGACCAGACGAGCUGCCCAUGUCGAUAUUGAAGAGAGUAGAGUUCGUUCUGUCGAUUGAAAAAAUUGCGUGGAUGAAAAGUGAUCUGGAAUUUCUCGGGAAGCACUGUGAAAUCAAACCGGAGUUGCAGCACGCCUACCUUCACUAUAAAGGUUUGUAUCACAUGUGUGUGAAGGACGAAGAGAAAAGCGUGGAAUUUUUCUCAGAAGCAAUCAAGAAUAUCGAUCGCAUUAACGCGGAUAACGCACGCGGACUUCGGGAGAAAGCAGGACACGGAAAAAUUCCCGCAGAAAUUGACGAAUGGCUCAAGAAAGAACGACGAGAAACUCGGUUAUCGGAACAUUCUCACAUUCUUUCCCCGUUUCGUGUGUUGGAGCUUUUCCAAGACUCCUUAGCUGGCAUAGACACGGAUGCAAAUAGUUUUUCUUGCGAUUUGUUGGAGAGCCGGACGUCGAGCGAUGGACAAUCAAUAAACACUCACGUAGCUAAUGCUCGCAUUAAGGCUGGUACGAGGUUGCUGAGUCAACCAGCAAAAGGAGCAGUUUUGAAGAAGGAAUACAGUCAAACUCAUUGUCAGCGAUGCGGCAUCUUUUGCGCUUAUCAUUUGUAUCCUUGCAAGACAUGCACUUCUGUGGUUUAUUGCUCCAUCGUUUGUUACGAGAAGUGCAACGACAUACACGCCCAAGAAUGCUCUAUUUUUCCGACGCUUUCGGUUUGCAGUGAAGCAGAUGCGACGCUUAUUUUAGCUGUUAGGGACGUGAUGAAGAAUUCACUUCAGACGUGGAAUAAAUGUUUCAAGAAAGGCGAUCAAACGUUUGAUGACGAGAUGUCGAUUCAAGAUCAUCUUCAAUCAAGAAAAUUAGGAUUGAAUAGUGAAAUGCAGAACGCAUUGAAAGCAGUCUUCGCCAUUCGAGUGCUCAAGUCUUCACCUUGGUGGAAGAAAUGCAGAAAUGCGAAACUCUUGGAGUCUGUAGACUUCGAGUGUCGCCUGGGAGAGGUCAUUCUACGGAAACUGAGGAUAAAUACACAUUUCCAAUUCCCUGUUCGAAAGAAGUGCGCCGUUAUGAAUGAAUUGGGAGAAUUAACUGUGGAGGAAGUUGAAAUUGGCUUUGCGCUGUUCCCGAAGCUCUCGAGGAUCCCUCACAGCUGCGCUCCGAAUUCGAUUUUGAUAACCGACGGAUUUCUGUCGCACAUCACCACCAUUAGGCCCAUCCCGGCCGGGGAAAGUGUAAGCAUUUGCUACGCCGUCCCAUUUUUCGACGCGGAAAAGCAGCUUCCCCAUGCGAAGUUGGCGAGAUUCGGUCAGCAGGAUUUCUCUUGCGACUGCGUGGCGUGUGUGGAAGACUGGAAAGUGCUCAAGUUCGACGUAUUUCCUAUCCCGGCAUCCGAUAUUUUACGGAAAUUGCGUUGUUGCUGUUGCCGCCAUGUUCAAAAAUCGAGCGAGUUUACACGCGACGGCCGCUGCAAAAAUUGCCGUUCGAGUAUCCCUGAAAUGCUUGUCGGAGUUCAGCAGCUGCUGGAUAAAUUUGACCUUGUGACGAAAGGAUUUAUAGCCUCUUUCGAUUUGUGCUGUUACGAGGGGGAAAACUUGCUACACUUUUCGCCGCAUUCGGCCUUAGUUGCUGAUUUGAUGGAAACGAUUGAUGUACUGGACGAAAGCAUUGUGGAGAAACAGCACCAAGGGUUCUGGUGGCUGUGCAAAACGUUGGCGAUGCUUUUAAUGCCGGAAAAUCGCCCGUUGUUUUUCAAGAUGGAUUCGGAGGCCGUUGUUGACCAGCGGGAAAUUUUUGAGCAAAUUCAGGAGAAGUUAGGAGUGCUCAUAGAAGACAAACACACGAAUACGCUUUGAAAUCGACUUUUCUGCGCAGUAACGAAAUUUUUCAAGGAGAAUAUCUCGAUUCUUAUGAAUUUUGCUUGGUAAAUUUCUGGUUGAUAGAAAUCGUUUUCCUUUUCAACCGAGUUUCUGAAGCAUUUUCACAUGCUUUGCGAAUGUUGUCAUGUGCCAAAAUCAAGAUUACGCUUGUUACUUGUUGUCAGUAAUUGAUUCACUCACAAUGAACAGCUUUUGUUUUUUUUAUCCCUUUUCGAACACUUUCUUGCGAUAUCGUAGUUUCUGUAUUGAAUAACCUCUGAAGUAUUUGUGUUGCGUUUUUUGUGUGUUCUAUUGUCUUCGUAGCUUCCAUCUAUAUAUGACGCCUGUAAUCUAUUCUUGAAAUGAGCUCGCAGAUGAGAAGUUUUCGGAAAUUUCUCGGAUACUUUCGAAGUGGGUUUUCAUUGUUUGCAUUUUGCUUUAUUUUUUUCGACAGCGUCCUCUUUUUGAACGAAAACCUCAGGUAAAAAAAAUUCUGAAAAUUGACUGGAG